AUGGGAAGGUCUUCCACCACAGGUCACAGCUCACAACACACCAGCAGAUCCACACCUGGGAGAAGGAAGUGUGCAAAGGGCUUCUGUGACAGCACCAGACUCAUUCAACACUCCAUCAUCUAUACUGGGGAGAAGCCCUACAAGAGCCUCAAGUGUGGGAAGGCCUUCUACCACAAGCCAUACUUCAACAAGCACCCGCAGAUCCACAGAGGGGAGAAGCCCUAUGUAUGCACUGAGUGUGGAAAGGCCUUCAUCUACUGCUCCACUUUUAGCUUACAUAAAAGGGCCCACACUGGAGAGAAACCCAAUGAAUGCAAAGAAUGUGAGAAGGCCUUUAGCAAUUGGUCAGGACUCAGUCGGCACUUCACCAUCCACAGUGAAGAGAAGCCCUACAAGGGCACAGAGUGUGGGAAAGCCUUCAACUGCAAGUCAUACCUCACCAGCCACCAGCAGAUUCACAGUGGAGAGAAGCCCUACAAAUGCGUGGAGUGUGGGAAGGUCUUCUAG